UACACGAGUCCGGUGGGUGAGAUCCUGUCACUCGUAGCUGCGCGUGAACGCGAGCCAGUCUGAUUGAACGCACGCACGCGCGCGCAUCAUUCUCGAACCCUCUCGCGCGCCGAUCUGCUGACUCAGUGCCUUAUUUAAGCGAACCGGAUCCGCCACCGAACAGAGCUGAGAGGAACCAGUCACCGCAACAACUGCAGCCAUGGCCAAAACUGCGAUCGCCUACAAAGAGAAGAUGAAGGAGCUGUCCCUCGUGUCCCUCAUCUGUUCCUGUCUCUACCCAGAGGCACGCAACAAGCUCGUGGGCGAGUUUGAAGACAUGGAGGUUAAACCCAUAAACAAGCGGGCUUCUGGGCAAGCGUUCGAGGUCAUCCUCAAGCCGCCCUCGCCCACGGCUGAUGGAAACUACAGCAUCACAUCCCCUCCCAAAAAGAGGGACCUGUCCCUGGAGGACAUUCAGAAGAAGCUGGAGGCUGCCGAGGACAGGAGGAGAUCCCAGGAGGCUGAUGUUCUGAGAGCUCUGGCCGAGAAACGAGAGCAUGAGCGAGAUGUCCUGCUCAGAGCUAUGGAGGAGAACAGCAACUUCAGCAGGAUUGCGGAGGAGAAGCUGAACAUGAAGAUGGAGCAGAUCAAGGAAAACCGUGACGCCUACCUUGCCGCCAUGAUGGAGCGACUGCAAGAGAGGGAGAGACACGCUCAGGUGGUCCGCAAAAACAAAGAGUUGAAGGAAGAAUUGACAGCAUGAACACGUCAAACCCACGAUCCUCCACGAACCACCCUCAUACCUGUGAUCUUCUGUUCCCCUCCUCGACCCUGUUUAGAGAAGACCCUCUGACACCCCUGCCCCGCCCAGAGGAAGGGAAUCAUCGACAGCACCCUCUCCUGAUAUAAUCCAGAAAGCAACAGGAACGCCGUUAGUUCUGAAAAAUGAAAUGUUUUUUGCUCAAUUCGAAACAGAAGUGAAAGUGGGUGUUGGUUUUUUGUAAAUAUUAUUUGUUUUAUAUGAGACAAAGAAAAGUAUUGCGGUGUGCCAUUUUAUAAGUUUCUCUCUCUCUCUCUCUCUGUGUAUCUUUCUCUCUUUUAGUGGAUGUACUUGUUUCUCUCUCUCUGUAUCAAAUCUGCUACAGUUUCUCUUGUGCCAGGCUUUGGUGUUUGUGAGUUUGCUGGCUAGUUGACAUUCACAAUGUCUUCACUAAACCUUAUGAUCAUGUUGUCGUUAUAUCCAUGUGGAGAGUAAAGUCGCCACAGUACACACAACUCUUUCUGCAUUUACAGGACACCUCCUAAUCUUUCUUCAUACAUUCAUCUGAUAUAUUAUAGACACACACACACACAUGCGCACACACACAAAGGCAUGAUUUAGUAACAAUGCAUUGCUUAAUAUGAAAUGUAUUAAAUCUGUGGUUUGAGCCAUGACUUAACCAUAGUCUGGGUUGCAAAUGUGCUGACUGUGUAACAGCAACUUAAACUGGGUAACCUUCUCCAGAAGAGAACCUAGCUUUAAAGAGAGGAGAUAGUAAUGAUGCACAAUAUAAGAUGUUGUGUUUAAGUGUGUGUAUGUGUGUGUGUGUGUGUUAAGAGCACUGUGGGUAGACAGUUUAAGGAUGUGCCAUUAGCUUUAAUGUCACACCCUCAUCUUCCUCUUACAGCUGUGUGUCCUAUUCCUCUUACCUCUGUAACUUUGGGAGCAAGUUGUGGUAAAUAAAGGCUUGGGGUUCUUUAAUCGAAAAUCUCUCUCUA